CACAAUGGGGAGAUUCCCCCCAGUAGUCUGUGUCUCUGCCCCUCCCACAAUGAGGAGAUUUCCUGCAGUAGUUUUUGUGUCUCAGCCCCUCCCACAAUGGGGAGAUUUCCUGCAGUAGUUUGUGUCUCUGCCCCUCCCACAAUGGGGAGAUUUCUUGCAGUAGUCUGUGUCUGUGCCCCUCCCACAAUGGGGAGAUUUCCCUGCAGUAGUCUGUGCCCCUCCCACAAUGGGGAGAUUCCCCCCAGUAGUCUGUGUCUCUGCCCCUCCCACAAUGAGGAGAUUUCCUGCAGUAGUUUGUGUCUCAGCCCCUCCCACAAUGGGGAGAUUUCCUGCAGUAGUUUGUGUCUCUGCCCCUCCCACAAUGGGGGGAUUUCUUGCAGUAGUCUUUUGUGUCUCUGCCCCUCCCACAAUGGGGAGAUUUCCUGUUGUAGUUUGUGUCUCUGCCCCUCCCACAAUGGGGAGAUUUCCUGCAGUAGUCUGUGUCUCUGCCCCUCCCACAAUGGGGAGAUUUCCUGCAGUAGUUUGUGUCUCUCUGCCCCUCCCACAAUGGGGAGAUUUCCUGCAGUAGUUUUUUGUGUCUCUGCCCCUCCCACAAUGGGGAGAUUUCCUGCAGUAGUUUGUGUCUCUGCCCCUCCCACAAUGAGGAGAUUUCCUGCAGUAGUUUGUGUCUCUGCCCCUCCCACAAUGAGGAGAUUUCCUGCAGUAGUUGGUGUCUCUGCCCCUCCCACAAUGAGGAGAUUU